AUGAAGAACAGUAAAGCUAGACCUGUCGGAUCUGCCCCAUUACCAGAGGCCAAUGGAGUUGAAAAGAAAAAUCCCAACGAGUGCAAUUACAUCCAGAAUGAUAAGAGAUCACAUGACAAAAGCCGUGGUGGAUACAGGAACCGUGACAAUUACUCGAACGGUCGAGAUAGACACUUGGCCGGCCGGAAAGGAAACCACAAUAACCGUGGCCGUGGUUCCAAUCCCGGCCGUGGCCGUGGUUCCAAUCCCGGCCGUGGCCGAGGUGGAUAUGGACAAGAGAGUCUUAAGGACAAGAACCCGGAGGCUCAUAUGGUCCAUGAUUCCGGUUAUGAGGCUGAUAAAGAAUCUGAUGUUGCAAAUGACGACCUUAUGGAUUUUGAGACUUCUGAUUGUCUCAAAGACUAA